AUGUCGGGUACAACUAACUUUACGUUGUACGUCUUCGGGGCGUCUUACUACUCGGUUCGGGUAGAGAUUGGAUUGGCCGAGAAAGGUAUAAACUAUGACUGUUGUACAAUAAACGGAUUCAUUUGUGAAAACUUGGAACCAUGGUACAUGAAAAUGAAUCCUACUGGAAAGGUACUUACACUGAUGCACGGCGAUAAGUCUGUCUGUGGAUCGGCAGCAAUAUUGAAGUAUUUGGAUGACGAAUUUCCAGAAACUGUGUCAUUAUACCCUGACAAGCAAUCUCCACUGUAUGAUCAAAUCAAACAGUUUGAAGAAUUGGUAGACAGUUAUUUUCUAGGAACUCUUGUUGGUGGAUGCUAUAAAUAUCCAAAAUAUGUUCCAAAAUUUGGAUUAUGGGAUCACAACUGCUGUAAAAACAUUUGGAUGGAAGUAUUCAAUGACAACUUCUCCUCGGCUGAUAUAUACCUCGUGGUAUUUCUGAAGAAAAUGGGCGCUAUUGGGUUCAGCUCUUACUGGGAGGACGGAAAGCACCCAUUUGUGGCGGAGUUCUUUAAGCGGUUGGAACAACGGCCAUCGGUAAAAGAGGUGUUCAAGGUAUAUGAUGACGAGGUUCGGAAGAUAAGAGAGUUUCAAAUCAAAGAAUAUUAA